CACACGCGCUCAAACUUGUUUCCAAAAUUUCCCCUCAGGCCUCCUACAACGCUCGAGUCUGAGGGAUUUUAAGCUAUGGGCAUACAUAUUUACCACUCUCCCACUCUGGCGCUCAUAACCAUGUCCGCGUCAGGCAUCUCUCCCUUUCGUCCAUUCACAUGAAAGCCUGCCAGCUACUUUCUUUGAAAGAUCUCUACCGCGUCAAGCCUUUGCUGUGCACUGCGCACUCAAUUCAACGGCUUAAGCGGGACGGUUUUGAUUAGGCUUUGGGAACCUGCAGCAGCCUGGAUUAUUUGAGAUCGACUCAAUUUUAUGGCAUAGCGAGUUGUACAGAUAGACUGGUCGUUUUUCAGCCGUGCUGAUCGAUCCCGGCGAUAACCGCCUUCCGGGAGCACAUUCAGUUGAACUGCGGUUGGCCGGCAAAAACAUACUUAAGAGGUUUCAAUAACCACAGCGAAUUCAGCCCACCGCCCAUUCGAAGGUUUUUACAUGAGAUAUUCUCUCUGUUUCUCUAUCCUUGUCGGCGCCCUCUCGGCGUCGGCUCAAACUAUUCCAAACAAUGUCUUGACACCAGAAGUCGACGCUUUCAUCGAAGGAAUCCUGUCAACAGUAGGCUCACCCGGCGGUGUGAGUGUGGCCGUCGUUCGACUUGAUCCGAGCGGGGGUUGGAAUGUCGAAACCAAAGGAUACGGAAUAGCAAGGUUGAGUGACAAUGCUAGUGUCACGGCCGAUACGCUAUUUUCCAUUGGAUCCAACUCGAAACUUUUCACCGUCUCCGGAACCGGACUGUUGGUUUCUAACGAGAGUUUGACGCCAAAGCUAUCUUGGGAGACCAAACUUGCAUCUGUCAUCCCGGGGUGGAAGCUUGCGGAUCCUUUUGCUUCAGACAAGAGCUCGAUCAUUGAUCUGAUGGGUCAUCGUACUGGUCUUCCGAGGCACGAUUUCAUGUACAGAACAGAUGAUACGUUUGUCUCCCUGAUUCCACGAUUGAGGUUUUUGAAGCCAUCGACCGAGUUUAGAGAAACUUUUCAAUAUAACAAUAUCAUGUACGCGAUGCUUUCAUACCUACCGCAAGUGGUAUCAACGAAAACGCCGCUCGCCCGUUAUGUGAAGAAGAAUAUCUUCGAUCCCCUUGGCAUGAACUCUACCACGUAUUCGUUCGACGUCGCCAACGCUGGUGGAAAACUCUCCUAUGGAGUCAGUCGGGAGAACAUUAGCUUCGCUGGUGGUCUCCCAGGUACUGGAACCCCUCGUCAACUGCCAUUCUGGUAUGAAAAGGGAGGGGAAGACGGAAAUUUCAUGUCCGGCCCAGGUGGUGUCAUAAGCAGCGCCAAUGAUAUGGCGACUUGGCUGAAAACUUUGCUUUUGUGGGGUAAACAUCCGGAGACAAACCAGACAGUCAUUCCAUCCACAGUACUUCGAAGAGCGGCAUCGGGCAUAACUGUAGAAGAUGAUGGGAUAUCAGGGCUGCCAAUCGCCCAGUCUGUUCUAUCGCCUGCUGUGUAUGGAGGAGGACAAGGAAUUGGAACUUAUCGUGGUCAUGUCGUUAUAGAGCACCCUGGUGACGUUAUUGGAGCACAUAGCCAACUGUCCCGUCUUCCUUUCGACAACGUUGGAGUCGCGGUCCUCACGAACGACGACGAUACAGGGGCGAUUUUCAACGAGAUCAUCAAGUUCCGCCUCAUCGAUGGAGCUUUGGGCUUAGAACCCUACAAUUGGACUGACAUCAUGCUAGAGCAACUUGGGCAAACUAGUUCCGUGGCUACCCCUGGGAAUGCGUCAGAUCCUACCAUUCCAGGUGGUUUUGCCGCUCUCGAGGGUACUUACAAUAAUCCAGGCUACGGCAAUUGGUCAUUGUGUCUCUUCGAUCCUUCCCAUCAACCUUCGAACGCUUGCAAGGAACUUGUGGCGAACGCGAGCACCAUUCUCCCAGGAGGAAUCAAUUCCACCAUCCCCACCCUCUUGAGCCCCUCCAGCUCCAUCUGGUUCAACUACCUCAAGUUGGAGCAUGUUGAUGGAAAUGUAUUCAGCAUCACGGGCUUGUUCAGUUAUCCAACUUUGAACGACACGAAGCAACCAUUCUGGACGAGAGUAUCGAGUGCUCCUGGUCCCCAAGCUGAAUUCUUCUCUUUGAACGGUACGAUCGGAUUUGGAUUAUCUGGUGGGAUAUGGGGUGCUGGUCUUGGAGUACCAGAUCCUCAGGGUGAUACCCCGCAAGACCGUUCCGAAGUAUGGAUGGAGAAGAUAGCUUAGAUCGUCUGUUUUGAUCUCAAUUUCAACCCGGAUACACCUGUAGCUAGGAUCCAACCAUGAUUUAUUGUCUGUUGAUUACCUGGAAGUUUUUCUUUUUCUUUCUC